AUGGCUCUUCGAGCGGCCACCAUUCUUUCUUCCACAUGCUCCCUCCACAAAGAGAAACUUUCUCAAGGCGGAGAGGCAGCCAAAUCAUCCGGCAUCCCGAUGCAGAACUACACAGUAAUGCACCUCGACCUUGCCUCACUUGACAGUGUCAAACAAUUUGCUGAGAAUGUUUGGCGUUUGGAGAAGCCUAAUGAUGUUCUGGUCUGCAAUGUUGUUGUCUAUCUGCCCACUAACAAGGAACCAACUUACACAGCUGAUAGGUUUGAGCUCAGUGUCGGGACUUUGGCCACUUUCUUCUCGCCAGGCUCCUUCUCGAUGACCUGA